AUGUGUCUUUUGAUCAAGCUCGACCUUCUUCCUCCUUUGCGAGCUCGCCACGGAGUACAGAGUCUUCUUGCCAGACGGUUUCGACCCCCCCUCGGGAGUUCUCAGGAGUUACCCAUCGACCUCACAGGUUACCCGCCGAAAGACAUCAUCGAUCUGACUGACGAGCCUCAUACAUACCCGCAGGUUGGAGCGCGCAUUCCCAGCAGCCCUGUGGUGGAGAUCCGUGAACAGACUGCGCGGCUAACUUUAGAGCCCCGGCGACAUCCAAGUGGCACCUCUUCAUCAGUGGUUGUCAAUGGCAUCAUCUAUGGUCAAGGCUUAUCGGUCGAGCUCCAUGAUGGGAAUUUCCUCCAUAUCGACCAUGUCAGUGAGCGUGGCGGUGAGAAAUUUUUCCAUGGUCGCCAUUUGGUGCCAUCAACCAGCCAGGCCGUAGGAGAUUACAUCCCUAAAGUAGUCGGCGAAGUGAUCUGGAUGCCCCAUAUUGCCGGACUAUGUUCGCUGGACCAGAUCAGAUGUUUUCGUCGCAUCCGCUUUACCAACCUUCGACGCAAAAACCAUGUCUCGGAUACGGAGCUCCAUGGCGAAGAUGAUCUCACGUGUCGGUUGAAGUUCACACUCAAGUUCCGGCCGGUUAUGCGACAUGGUACUCGAACCGGGGGAUCAGAUGACCAAGAGUUUGCUGUCGAGUAUCUCACGUAUAAUGAGGCAUCUGGUGGCUCUAGUGUUCGUCUCCCUGCCAAUGAACUGCGCGACCAGUGGCGAGGUCGCAAUCAGACCACCCCAUUCGGUACAGUCGCCCUCGUGCCUCGGCCUGAAAGACUGGAAAUCGAUUUGGUGAAUCCGGAUCCACAAGUCUGGAAUUCCGAUGAUGCUAGUCGCAACCGUACAUACACCUUUGGCGAUUCAUACUGCGGUGCAGGUGGCGCCUCCUGUGGUGCCAGAAAAGCUGGGCUGGCCUUGAAUUGGGCUGUCGAUAUGGACAAAUAUGCCAUACAAACUUAUCGCUGCAAUUUCCCACAGUCUCUAGUGGAGAAUUCAACCUUCGACCUAUUUAUGACACAGACUCCAGAGGAUCUGCGCAUCGACGUGUGUCAUACAUCGCCUCCAUGCCAGCCAUUUUCGCCGGCGCACACUGUUCAUAACCAGGUCCGUGACGAGCAAAAUUCGGCAUGCAUCUUCACGUCUCUCAAUCUGAUCAAAAGGGCUCGCCCCCGAGUGUUGACCAUGGAAGAGACAUUUGGAUUGCGCGAGCGGCACCCCGCUAUCUUCAAUCGACUGAUCAUGGAUUUCAUUGAAGUGGGAUAUUCGGUCCGCUGGGCGGUGUUGGAUUGCCUGAAUUAUGGUGUUCCUCAGACGCGUCGUCGAUUGAUCAUCAUUGCUGCGGGCCCAGGAGAGACUCUCCCUCAGAUGCCACCACCUACACACGGUCCAUUCGGCUCUAGUCUCCAGCCUUUCGAGACUAUCCAUAGGGCCAUCAGUGAUAUCCCCGAAGGCUGGAUGGACCAUGACACCAGAGGAUUGUUGGAGCGUACCAGAAACGCCCACCGAGCCCCGUAUAGUCCACACCAACCAGCAAAGACUAUCACCUGCAGUGGCGGUGAGGCCAAUUACCACCCCUCGGGAAAGCGGGGAUUGACGCCUCGCGAGGUUGCGUGCAUUCAGACAUUCCCACUGGGAUUUGUUUUUUGCGGCAAAAACAGGCGCAAGCAAAUUGGGAAUGCUGUCCCAACUCGGCUUGCCGAGGCGCUUUUCCGAGAAGUCCGCAAAUCAUUGCGGAGAACAGAUGCGAAGGAGUUGGAGGAAGCUCGGACCGGAGCUUGA